UUUAAGUAAAUUCCGCACCACCAGUAAAGUGCGCCCACAGUCCUAGUUAACCUACGCUUUCCAACUAUUUAACCGCCCACACAGUCCAGCAUCUUCUCCCAUCUGUCGCUCUCGCCGCACUCUUCUCUUAAUUAAGCUCUCGCCGUCUUAUCCAUUCCUCACCGGGAAAAAUGGCUUCAACGCCGGCGAUGGGUGAUCCAUGCUUCGACGUAGACAAGCUCAGCUACGAGAUAUUCACAAUACUGGAAUCUAAGUUUCUUUUUGGCUACGAUGAUCCAAAACUCUUCCUCAACGAAUCCUCUCCUGAAACCCCAGCGAAGAAUCAUGCCUCACCGAAAAUAUCAUCCGGCAAGGUACGCAUCCUCUCCAUAGAUGCAAUUAGCGAUUGCGUACUAGCUGCAGCCUUCCUCGCCCACAUUGAAUCCUCUCUCCGCAUCCAAUCCGGAGACCCCGCCGCUGCGAUCGCCGAUUUCUUCGACAUUGCGGCAGGUUCAGGCGCCGGAGGCGUCAUUUCCGCUAUGCUCUUCACACGUGGCGUCAACGGCCGCCCUCUAUUCUCCGCGGAAGAGACCCUCUGCUUCCUUUCCAAAAAUGGCCUCCCAUCCACGCGAAAGGGGCUUUUCUGUGCGAUGAUGCGGCGGCCCAUCAACGGAUCAUUCCGUAAAAUAUUUGGAGAAGAAACACUGCGUGACACUGUGAAGCCAUUGCUCAUUCCUUGCUUUGACUUCUCCACCGGCGCGCCGUUUCUUUUCUCGAGAGCGGACGCCGUGGAAACUGACGGGUACGAUUUCCGCAUCAGAGAGAUCUGUGCUGCAACUUGCGGCGUCUCGAAGGCUAUGGAGAUGAAAUCCAUCGACGGCCGGACGAGAAUCGCUGCCGUUGGUGGCGAGGUCGCAAUGGCGAACCCCACAGCGGCGGCCAUCACGCAUGUGCUUCACAACAAGCAGGAGUUCCCCUUUGCCUCCCGCAUCGAAGAUCUCCUCGUUCUAUCGAUCGCCGGCGUAGCACCCGAACUCGCAGGCAGAUCAUCCCAGUCUACGGCGCAGGCUUUACGGAUUGCCGGGAAUGGGAUGGCUGACACGGUAGAUCAAGUGAUCGCGAUGGCCUUUUCACAGAACAGGACAAACAAUUCCAACUACAUCCGUCUUCAGGCUCAUGGCCUGGGAAUUGACACCUUCAAAGGCUCAAAUCGAGAUGCAAAGCAGAUAAUGGAAACAGCAGAGGCAAUAUUAGGGCAGAGGAAUGUAGAAUCCGUGCUCUUUCAGGGGAGGAAACUUUCAGAAGAAACCAAUGCAGAGAAGCUUGAGCGGUUCGCAGCAGAACUGAUUGAAGAACACGAUAACAGAAAGAAAUCUCGAAUUCCCACUGUCUUCAUCAAGCAGAUAAUGACUCCGAGAACAUCGUCUGCCACAACCAUCACCAGCACCACCUUAUCGGGUUCUCCCCGACCCAAUAGCUCACACUCGUAACACGAUAACACGGAACCAACCUAUGUUGAUUUCCUCAUCUUCUAAUUUUCUCCUGAUUUCCCGGAAAAGUGCUGUGCUGAGCGGGAAGGUAGUUUGAGAGUGGAUUGUUAGUUAAAAAGUUGAAUAACUCGUUUAGGUAAAGCUGGAAGAUGCUGUCGUGUAGCAAUUAUGGCCGUAAUUAGUUAGCUAAUAAAGAUUCUCUGUGCCAUUGCUUUAAA